GAUAUCCUCAUAUUCCCGAAUCUGGUCGGUUCCAAUAUGAAAGUGGUACUGUUAUAUGAUCAUCUUCCUUCGAUGCAUCCGUCAGAAUUUCGUUGUUACUUUCGUCUUCACCCACCAUAAAAGUUUCUUUCUUGCCGCUCUCACCGACGAUCCACUCCCUCUCACUGAGUAAGUUCGCACCGCCGUGGGUGAGAAUUGGGAAGUGAAAAGACCGCCGGGGAAAGAAAAGGUUUGGCUGGAGCAAGAAGCAGAAAGUAGCAGCAAGUAGAAAUGUCGUUCGAGAAGAUCAGAGUCACCAACCCUAUCGUCGAGAUGGACGGGGAUGAAAUGACCAGAGUGUUUUGGAAGUCCAUCAAGGAUAAGCUUGUGUUCCCCUUCUUGGAUCUGGAUAUCAAGUACUUUGACCUUGGCCUGCCGAACCGGGAUGCCACAAAUGAUCAAGUAACCAUAGAGAGUGCUGAAGCCACUCUUAAGUAUAAUGUUGCAAUUAAGUGUGCAACUAUAACUCCAGAUGAAGAUCGUGUCAAAGAGUUCAACUUGAAAAAAAUGUGGAGAAGUCCUAAUGGGACAAUUCGGAACAUUCUAAAUGGUACUGUCUUCAGAGAACCAAUCAUCUGCAAGAACGUUCCUCGUCUUGUCCCAGGUUGGACCAAGCCAAUAUGCAUUGGCAGGCAUGCAUUUGGUGAUCAGUACAGAGCAACUGACUUGGUCGUGGGUGAACCUGGUAGUCUGAAGAUGGUGUUUGUUCCUGAUGGACGCAACAAAACAACAGAACUUGAGGUUUUUAAGUUCACUGGAGCUGGAGGUGUAGCUUUGUCCAUGUAUAACACUGAUGAGUCCAUCCGUGCCUUUGCCGAGGCUUCAAUGAACACUGCAUACCAGAAAAGGUGGCCCCUUUAUCUUAGCACGAAAAAUACCAUCCUCAAAAAGUAUGAUGGAAGAUUUAAGGACAUAUUCCAGGAAGUUUAUGAAAGCCGGUGGAAAUCCAAGUUUGAGGCUGCAGGAAUAUGGUAUGAACAUCGUCUGAUUGAUGAUAUGGUUGCGUAUUCUCUGAAAAGCGAUGGAGGGUAUGUAUGGGCAUGCAAGAAUUAUGAUGGAGAUGUGCAGAGUGAUUUCUUAGCUCAAGGAUUUGGAUCUCUUGGGUUGAUGACAUCAGUAUUGGUAUGUCCAGAUGGUAAGACUAUUGAAGCUGAAGCUGCUCAUGGUACAGUUACCCGUCAUUAUCGUGUCCACCAGAAGGGAGGGGAAACUAGCACAAAUAGCAUAGCAUCCAUUUUCGCUUGGUCACGAGGUCUGGCUCACAGGGCAAAGUUGGAUGGUAAUGCUCGACUUUUGGAUUAUACCAAGAAACUGGAAGCAGCCUGUGUUGGAACAGUUGAAUCCGGGAAGAUGACCAAGGAUCUUGCACUUCUCAUUCAUGGACCCAAGGUUACUAGGGCUCAAUACCUAAACACCGAAGAGUUCAUCGAUGCAGUAGCAGCUCAGCUGAAAGCAAGACUAUUGGCCAACUCAAAGUUAUAGGCCUCUAUGGUCUUCGGCUCCUGGUUUAAUACUGGUAAUGUUACUUUACAUAUCCCUGUCACUUGUCAGCUCUCUCUUUUCAGGAAUCUCGUCUUCCAUUAAUGUUUGAAGGGGUGUGCUGUUGCAGGAAGGGGGAGAAAGAAGAAAAGGGGAGGAAAUGGCUGAUUAGAGAAGAUGAUGAUGUUGAAUGCAAGGGAAGAUCAAUGCUAAUGAUUGCUUUAAGCCAAACUUCUUGGCUCUUCUCAGCUAUAGACUACUUAAUGAAUAAAAUACUAAUUGACUUUGGGAGAGCUGGAAAGUGAACCUACAUUGUGUUGUUUGAUUUCAUUUUAGGCUGAUCAACAUUUGCUUAUGGGGGUAAUCUUUACUUUGACGGUAAUGGUUAAUGCAAUAAUCUUUCGGUUAUUAAACUUCAAAUAGUCAGAUACUCUUAUCUCUUGAAUAAAAGUUUUCCAAUUUGGACAUAUAUUUUGGUUGAACUAUAAAAAAAACAAAGACAUUUGGAAUUGUCUACCCCAUUAGAUAAGACUCAAAAUGAAAUAUUGAAUAUCAAAAUUUCUCAUUUUCCUCUAUUAUCAAACCAUACAUUAUAUGUUAUAAUGUAUGGUUUUAAGACAUUUUAUCUCAAAUGUCUCAUUUGGAUACAUCAUCCAAACAACUCAUAACAAAAAUUAUGGGUACACUUUGAAUAACCAUCCCAUCCACCAAUAUAUUAAAAGAGAUUAAAGGCAGAUAAUAAACAUUUAUUAUCAUAAAAAUUGUUUAUGCUUCUACAAUAGUGGUUUGGGACGUUAUCACACAUAUAAUGGUGGCCUCUGUAAUUCUUUCUCCCGUACCAAAUGAUAUGCUCGCAAAGACACAUUGGAUCGUAGACAAAUAAUUAAGUUUACAUAUAUAAUCUUUCGUGGGUAAGUUCAUUCAACAACUCAAGUACUCAACCAGCUCCAAAUGCUAUAAAAUAACUGAAAUGUGAUCGGUUAGAAAACAAACAUUUUUAUUUCUCCUUUGCCAUGAAAUAUUAUCAUUAUUCAUUCCUGUUUGAGCCUAGAAUGUACUAGGCGGUUGUGAGGCUCCGAUCUGGACUCCUUCGUUUGAUCUCUUCGAGAGGGGAAGAACCUGUGAGGCGGGGGACGGCCCCCGGGAUCUACGUUCCGACGCCCAAGUUAGUACGAUAUAGUAUGCGGUUUAUGGUAUGUAUAGAGAGAGAGAGAGUUUAGAGAGAGACCUUAGGGUAAGAGUGUGGGAAGGGAAGAAGAGGAUCUUUAGUUUGGAGGGUUAGGCCUUCUUAUAUAGGGUUUGGACAUCUUUGAGUGGGCUUGGGCCCGUUUAUAGUCGUGUUAGGCAUAUUAAUCCAUAUUCCAACAAUUCCCCUUUGGAUGUAUGUACUCUAUAGUCUAUACAUAAUGGCUAAUUCUCUUUAGAAAAUAGCCAGAAGAUUAGUAUAGGACCUAAUUGGAGAACAAGCAAACAUCUUGAGGCACAAAUGUAAUUCCCUUCAAAUUAGACGUGUGAAAAGAAAAAAUGUCAAAACCG